AUGGAGGAAGAAAAUAUUAUUCAAAAGAAUUUUAGUUCGGAAUUAUUAGAACCAUUAAUAACUGUGAGUGUAAUAUUUAUAUGUUUUUAUAUGAUAACAAAUGUUGAGAGUCCUGUGUAUUUUUUUUUAAGGAGCUAUAUUUUUAAGGCAAAAAUAUUUUAUUAUGAAAUAAGAAAACAUUUUACAAAUAUAAAUUAUUUUGCUUUAACAUUUUCUUCUUUGUUUUUUCUUUCUUAUUAUAUUCUAAACAUUUUGAAUUAUAAAAAUGUAAAACCAAUUUUUUGUGUCAAUUAUGAUUAUUAUGAAAAUAUUUUAAAUUACAAUUUAAAAGAUAUAAAUAUUAAAUCUAUAUUCCAAAAUGAUAUAAGUGAAAAUUAUUUGGUUAAUUUUCUUUAUUCUUUUAAGUUCAUUUUUCACAUAUUUUUUUUAAAUGAUUCAAGUUUUUUAAAAACAUUCUUCACUUUUUUCUUUGUUUAUGUCUUAUUGUCUUUGUAUGCAAAAUAUGUUAAUAGGGUUAUAUUUAUAAGUAGUAUAUUUAUGAAUGCUAUAUUAUCAGGGUUUAUACUAGUUUUCUUUUUAAAAAAAUUUUUAAAUAUUAAAUAUAAUCAUUGUGGUGAUGAAACAUUUUCUUUCCUAUUUUUACUUUUUUUUUUUAUAAAUAAUCCUUACUUAAGUUCCCUACAGUACAAUGAUAGAAGUUUACAUCCUUAUCAUGGUACUGAAAUUAGAUUUUUUAUUCAUAUGUUAUUUUUUAUAAAAUAUGCAUACACAGUUAUAAAAAUCAUUUGGUUAGUAGCCUAUUAUUUUAUUAAUAAUUACUUACCAUUUACAUUUUCAAGAAAUUUUACAAUUUCAAAAAUUUUUCAUUCAAAUAUUAAGGAUUUACUAAGUAAAGAAAUUAAAAGUAAUGCAUCCUUAUUUCGCUUUAAUGUUACUUCAGGCUUAAUCUUUAAUUACUUAAUAUGCAAAAUAUCUUUUUUUUGGAUACCUUAUAUAUUGCUAACCGCAAAUAACAAGAAUUUUAAAUAUUUAAUAAUGCUUUUGAUAACUAUUAAUUUAAUUGUUACUUGUACUUACUUGAUUUAUACUUUUUUACCUGGGAUUGCGCUGAACUUAUUACUUUUAUAUUACUUGAAUAAAAUUGAAAUAUAA